CUCGGUCAUGGCAACCGCGUUUUCAUUGACUCAUUCCCUGCAUAGAUCGCACCCAGAACGAACAGAGACACGCCAAAACACGGGCAGAUUCAUGAGGAAUCAGCCGAAGCCUCUGCAUUCAUGACAACCUUCUAAAGGCUUUUUUUCACUGAGGGAGAUCUAGAGGAGAGAUUUGAAUGUUCGCUGCUGAUCGGAUGUUCAGCUGACUGUGAUUGCAGGAACAUUGUGCGACCAUCAUCAUGGCUGCGUCUGAAUUAUAUACAAAGUAUGCACGGGUCUGGAUCCCAGAUGUAGAGGAAGUUUGGAGGUCAGCAGAGCUCACCAAGGACUACAGACAAGGGGACGGAGCACUUCAACUACAGCUUGAGGAUGGAAAGGAACUGGAGUACAAAUUGGACCCCAAGACGAACAACUUGCCACACCUACGUAACCCAGAUAUCCUGGUGGGAGAAAAUGACCUGACGGCUCUCAGCUACCUUCAUGAGCCUGCUGUGUUACACAACCUGAAAGUGCGCUUCAUUGAUUCCAAACUCAUCUACACAUACUGCGGUAUUGUUCUGGUCGCUAUAAACCCAUAUGAGACGCUUCCCAUCUAUGGAACCGACAUCAUUAAUGCGUACAGCGGGCAGAAUAUGGGCGACAUGGACCCUCACAUCUUCGCAGUGGCAGAAGAGGCUUAUAAACAGAUGGCCAGGGAUGAGAGGAAUCAAUCCAUCAUUGUGAGUGGAGAAUCCGGAGCAGGGAAAACUGUUUCAGCAAAAUACGCCAUGCGUUACUUUGCCACGGUCAGCGGCUCUGCCAGUGAAGCCAAUGUAGAGGAGAAAGUUCUGGCAUCCAACCCCAUCAUGGAGUCUAUCGGUAACGCCAAGACCACCAGGAAUGACAAUAGCAGUCGAUUUGGGAAAUACAUUGAGAUUGGCUUUGAUAAGAGGUAUCACAUCAUCGGUGCGAACAUGAGGACAUAUCUACUGGAGAAAUCACGUGUCGUAUUUCAGGCGGAUGAAGAGAGGAAUUAUCAUAUCUUCUAUCAGCUCUGUGCAUCUGCUCACCUCCCGGAGUUUAAAGCCCUGAAACUUGGGAAGGCUGAUGAUUUUCACUACACCAAACAGGGCAGGAACCCAGUGAUAGAUGGAAUAGAUGAUGCCAAGGAGAUGUCGACCACCAGGAACGCCUUCACACUGCUAGGUGUAAAUGAGUCCUAUCAGAUGGGCUUGUUUCGGAUUCUGGCUUCGAUUUUGCACCUGGGAAACGUGGAAGUGAAGGAUAGAGACUCGGACAGCAGUAUCAUUCCACCAAAUAACGGUCACCUGAGUGUGUUUUGUGAAUUGAUGGGCGUGACGUAUCAAGACAUGUCUCAUUGGCUGUGUCAUAAGAAGCUGAAGACAGCAACUGAGACAUACAUAAAGCCUAUCCCCAAACUACAGGCCAUAAACGCCCGUGAUGCCCUCGCUAAACAUAUCUACGCCAAACUCUUCAACUGGAUCGUGGACCAUGUGAACAAAGCGCUGCAUUCUACGGUCAAGCAGCACUCAUUCAUCGGAGUCUUAGACAUUUACGGGUUUGAGACUUUUGAAAUCAACAGUUUUGAACAGUUCUGUAUUAAUUAUGCCAAUGAGAAACUACAGCAACAGUUCAACAUGCAUGUGUUUAAGUUGGAGCAGGAGGAGUAUAUGAAAGAGCAGAUCCCCUGGACUCUCAUUGAUUUCUAUGAUAAUCAGCCAUGUAUCAACCUCAUUGAGGCCAAGAUGGGCGUCCUGGACCUGCUGGACGAAGAAUGCAAGAUGCCAAAGGGCUCUGAUGACUCCUGGGCACAGAAACUGUAUAACACUCAUUUGAAGACUUGUGCACUUUUUGAAAAGCCACGGAUGUCCAAUAAAGCUUUCAUUAUUCAGCACUUUGCAGAUAAGGUGGAGUAUCAGUGUGAUGGUUUUCUGGAGAAGAAUAAAGAUACAGUGAAUGAGGAGCAGAUACAUGUUCUAAAAGCCAGUAAGUUUGACCUGCUGGUGGAGCUGUUCCAGGAUGAGGAGAAAGCAACGAGUCCAACUGGUGCUGCUCUUACCACUGGAGGACGCACUCGCCUCAGUGUCAAACCAGACAAGAGCAAAGCCGGCCAAGCCAGCAAAGAACACAAGAAGACAGUCGGACUGCAGUUCCGUAACUCUCUGCACCUGCUGAUGGAGACGCUGAAUGCGACUACGCCUCAUUACGUUCGCUGCAUCAAACCCAACGAUUACAAAUUUGCCUUCACGUUUGACCCCAAGAGGGCAGUGCAGCAACUGCGUGCAUGUGGAGUUUUGGAAACAAUCCGCAUCUCUGCAGCUGGUUUCCCGUCUAGGUGGACGUAUCAAGAGUUCUUUAGCAGGUAUCGUGUCCUGAUGAAACAAAAAGAUGUUUUGACGGACAGGAAGAUGACCUGUAAGAACGUUCUGGAGAAACUUGUGCAGGAUCAAGAUAAAUACCAGUUUGGCAAGACCAAGAUCUUUUUCCGAGCGGGGCAGGUUGCGUACCUGGAGAAAUUGCGAGCAGAUAAGCUGCGUGCUGCCUGCAUCCGCAUCCAGAAGACCAUCCGCUGCUGGCUGGCGCGCAAGAAGUACCUGCGCAUGAAACAUGCUGCCACAACCAUCCAGAGAUACGUCCGUGGAUACCAGGCCCGCUGUCUUGCAAAAUUCCUGCGUCGCACACGUGCUGCUAUCAUCAUUCAGAAGUACCAGCGCAUGUAUGUCCAGAGAAAAUGUUACAAACGCAAGCAGGCUGCUGCUCUGGUCAUGCAGUGCAUCCUCAGGGCAUACAUGGCCAGACAACUGUACAAAGCGCUUCUGCGUGAGCAUAAGGCCAUCAUCAUUCAAAAGAUGGUCCGUGGCUGGUUGGCGCGGCAGUGGUACAAGCGAUCGCUCAGAGCCAUCGUGUACCUGCAGUGCUGCAUCCGCCGCAUGCGAGCCAAGCGGGAACUCAAGAAACUCAAGAUCGAGGCACGCUCGGUCGAACACUUCAAGAAACUCAACAUCGGCAUGGAGAACAAGAUCAUGCAGUUGCAGCGCAGGAUAGAUGAACAGAACAAGGACAACCGUGCUCUCAGCGAGCGUUUGAAUGGUCUAGAGAUCAGCCAUGCUGCAGAGUCUGAGCGUCUGCGUGUGGAAGUCACCCGUCUGCGAGGAGCAGAAGAGGAUGCCAAAAACAACGCUAACAAAGUUACAACUCUUCUGGAGGAGCUGGAGCGGCUGCGCAAAGACCUGAAGAACACCCAGAAGGAAAAGAAAGCCAUCGAGGAAUGGGCAAAAACCUACCAGGACGAGAUGGAACAGAUGAUCUCAGAACUAAAGGAGCAAAACCACCUGCUGAAGAACGAGAAAAACGACCUCAACCGAAUGAUCCAGGAACAAGGCCAGCAGUGGACAGAGAAAAUGCAGAGGGCUCUGAAGGAGGAAACCCAGCAGCUAGAAAACGAUUUAAACGAGGAACGGUCUCGCUACCAGAACCUCCUUACCGAACACCUUCGACUAGAGGAGAAAUACGACGAUUUGAAGGAGGAGAUCACACUCGCCGUGAAUGUUCCAAAACCUGGUCACAGGCGCACAGAUUCCACACACAGCAGCAACGAAUCAGAAUGUACCUACAACUCAGAGUUCGCCGAAUCCGAGGAAGGGUCCCGCGGAGGGGAGGAUGUUUCCAAGGCCAUACUGGACAUGUCCCUGUUCCUGAAGCUACAGAAGAGAGUAUCCGAACUAGAGCAAGAAAAACAGUCACUGCAGAACGAACUCGACCGGAGAGAAGAGCAGUUUCAGCGGGCUAGAGCUAGGGAUGAUGAGGAACAUAAGAAAGCUCGUAGCGCUGAGCUGGAGUAUGAAUCUCUCAAGCGUCAGGAGUUGGAGUCUGAGAAUAAGAAGCUCAAACAUCAUUUGAAUGAGAUGCGUCAGUCUUUGAGAGGCAGCGCUGAGGCUGGAUCCGCUGCUCCGGGUUCUCCUGCGUACACGGUCCUGCUGGAUCAGCUGAACUCCUCCAACGAGGAGCUGGAGGUGCGGAAGGAAGAGGUGCUCAUCCUGCGCUCUCAACUCGUCAGUCAGAAAGAGGCCAUGCAACACAAGGCAACCAUGACUGAACCUUUGCCAUACAUUGAGGAUGUGCAGAAGCUGACUGAUGCCAAGGAGAUCUCCCAGGCCUACAUGGGUCUCAAAGAUACCAACAGGUUGUUGGAGUCUCAGUUGCAGGCUCAGCGUCGGUCUCAUGAGAAUGAGGUGGAGGUUUUGCGUGGAGAGCUGCAGAGUGUUAAAGAGGAGAAUAACCGUCAACAGCAGCUGUUGGCUCAGAAUCUACAGCUUCCUCCAGAGGCUCGAAUCGAGGCCAGUCUACAGCAUGAGAUCACGCGCCUCACCAAUGAGAACCUGGAUCUUAUGGAGCAGCUGGAGAAACAGGACAAGACUGUCCGCAAGCUGAAGAAACAGCUCAAAGUCUUCGCAAAGAAGAUCAAUGACCUGGAAGGCGGGCAGAUGGACGUGUCUCCAGGACAGACGACCGAUGAGCCUGUUCAUCCAGUAAACAUUCCACGCAGGGAGAAAGAUUUCCAGGGAAUGCUGGAAUACAAGAAAGAGGAUGAACUCAAACUGGUCAAAAAUCUCAUACUUGAGCUGAAGCCUCGUGGUGUGGCAGUUAAUCUGAUACCAGGUUUGCCGGCAUACAUCCUCUUCAUGUGUCUGCGACAUGCCGACUACGUUAAUGAUGACCAGAAAGUCCGAUCUCUACUCACCUCUGUCAUCAACAGCAUCAAGAAGAUCCUCAAGAAAAGAGGUGACGACUUUGAGACUGUUUCCUUCUGGUUGUCCAACACGUGUCGUUUCCUACACUGCCUAAAACAGUACAGUGGCGACGAGCAAUUUAUGAAGCAUAACACCCCUAAACAGAACGAUCACUGUCUCUCCAACUUUGACCUGGCUGAGUACCGGCAGGUUUUGAGCGAUCUGGCCAUUCAGAUCUACCAACAGCUCAUCAAGUGUAUGGAGAACAUCUUGCAACCCAUGAUCGUCUCUGGCAUGCUGGAACAUGAAACCAUCCAGGGCGUGUCCGGGGUGAAGCCCACGGGUCUCCGUAAGAGGACGUCCAGUAUUGCUGAUGAAGGGACGUACACGUUGGACUCCAUCAUCCGCCAGCUCAAUACCUUCCACUCCAUCAUGUGUCAGCACGGAACUGACCCGGAGCUCAUCAAACAGGUGGUCAAGCAGCAGUUCUACAUCAUCGGCGCCGUCACUCUCAACAACCUGCUGCUGCGUAAAGACAUGUGCUCCUGGAGCAAGGGCAUGCAGAUCAGGUAUAACGUGAGUCAGUUGGAGGAGUGGCUGAGAGAUAAGAACCUCAUGACAUGCGGUGCAAAAGAGACACUGGAGCCGCUGAUUCAGGCCGCACAACUACUGCAGGUCAAGAAGAAAACCGAUGAGGAUGCAGAGGCCAUCUGCUCCAUGUGUAACGCCCUCUCUACAGCACAGAUUGUGAAGGUGCUGAACUUGUAUACGCCUGUCAAUGCAUUUGAAGAGCGAGUGUCAGUACUGUUCAUAAGAACAAUACAGACGCGUUUACGGGAUCGAAAGGAGUCGCCUCAGCUGCUGAUGGACACCAAACUCAUCUACCCCGUGACCUUCCCCUUUAACCCCUCCUCUCUGGCCCUGGAAACCAUUCAGAUCCCCGGCAGCCUCAAUCUGGCCUUCCUCACUCGUGUGUAGACCUGUCAAUCACCUCACCUCAGCCAAUCACAUGGCAGGAACAGGGAGUCAAAAUAUAGUAAUAUAAAAAAAAAUAAAAAAUCAAUUGUUAUAGGUAAAUAAGCCACAUACUUAAAGAGAAUGCAAUUUAGACCAUGUCACCAAUCCCUCUUUUUGCUCUUCUUCAUCACUUUUGUUUAUUCCUUAAAAGGGUGAAUCUCACAAAAAAAAAAAAAAAAAAAACUGUCAAGUACGUUCAAAUCUCAAUUGACCCCCAAAUCAAAAGAAAGACAUAAGAAACUGUUUUUCUUAAAGAAAAUGAAGCCCAUCUUUAUACUAUUAAGAUUUUUGACAUUGUUAUGUUAUUUUAAUGACAAUUAAGCACUUCCACCCCAAAUUCUCAUUCCUUUAUUGCAAAAAGUUUCUUAUUAUUGUGAUGUGAAAAGAAGUAAUAUUAUUCACAUAGUACAGUAUUUGCUGGCAUAUGCCGAAUCAAAUAAAUAAUUGGAAUUCACUGAAAUGCAGUAAAAAAAAAAAAAAAAAUGGUAUUAUUAAUGAGAAACAUUGAGUAUAGUGUGAAUAACACAGAGCAAUGCUUUUUAAAAAUUGUCUUCAUUUACUUACUUUCUUUUUUGUGAGAUUCACCUGGAAUAUUUCAGAGAUGUUUCGCUUAUUGAACGUUACGGAAGGAAGAAUGAAGGUCAAAAUAACUCUUCUAACACUAAUGCCUUUUCAGACCACUGUCACAACCAGAAUAUGUUCACGGGGCUGUAUAGUCUUAUACAUAUAUAAAUAUCUAUGAAAAUGUAUGAUGCUAGGAUAUUUUAUUUAUUGCUUUACCCUAUCAGAUUUUUUUUUCUCUCAGAUGUUAGUUAACAUGGAUAUCCAGUUGCGGAACAUACUGUAGUCCUCUGCUCUCAUCCAUAUCAGAUAAAUAACCUAGACUCUAUCUUGGAGCUCAGCUGACUUCAUUAACAUAGAUUAUUAUUUGUUAGUAGCGUGUGGUGAUUAGCUAAAAAGUAGUCAUGUCUGGUGUAACUGGCGAAAAGAAAACUUAGCAUCCAUACACAGUCCCAGAGCUGAUCUCUUCCUCAAGAGCUUCCUCAAGUUUACAUCUCUGAUCUUCAGGAAUCAUUUCCAAAGAGAUGGUACAGUCCAGACCCAGUGCAUGAUGGGAUUGUUUGGGUUUGCAUCAUACUGACCUGCUCUGUCAGCAUCGUACAUAUCAAGGGCCUGAGAUCCUUGUUUUACAGGUUUAUAUCAGAGCUAGAGUUAGUUCAGGUGGGAUCUAGACUCCUGAAUGAGGUUUAAUGAGGUUUCAGAUGGUUUGGGCCCUCCACCGUUCUAUACGUGGAUGAAUCUCAUGAAGAAAGAUCAAAUGAAAUAAAUAACACAAAGAAUUUUAGGAGCCAAUUUUAGGAACGUUAUGAUUGCAUUUUUUAUGACAAGCAUAUUUUCCCCCAAAAUUCUCACUAUUGUAAUGCAGUGUUAUAAUGUAAUAUAUAUAAUUAAUGUAAUACAAUUACAUGCAUUAUAUUAAAGGGAUAGUUCACCCAAAAAUGAAAAUUCUGUCAUCAUUUACUCACCCUCAAGUUGUUCCAAACCUGU